CACACACAGGACUAAGCAAGAGCAGGACCUCAGUAUUUUUUAUCCUUUAUUACAAAUGGAGGAACACGAAGAUGCUCAGAACUGUUUUCCAGAACAUAACUCUUCUUGCAGAAAGGUUUUGCUAUCAACAUCGAUUUACAUAACACUGUACAUAUUCUUCUUAUCGAUUGGAGCGGUUACAGUCUUUUUGAACAUAUUGGUUGUCAUCUCUAUCCUUCACUUCAAGCAGCUCCACACUCCAACCAAUCUGCUGAUCCUUUCUCUGGCUGUGGCAGAUCUCCUGGUGGGACUGAUUGUGAUACCAGUAGGGACCGUAGCAAUAAUGGAAUCAUGUUGGUUUUUGGGGAAAUAUUUCUGUGUGUUUUAUGUCUACAUCAGUUAUUUCAUUUUAUCCUUAUCUCUCGGCAAUUUGGUAUUGAUAUCUAUUGACCGCUAUGUUGCUGUGUGUGAUCCCUUAUUUUACCACUCUAAAAUAACAACAACAAGAAUUACAUGUUCUAUAUCCAUUAUAUGGUUUUGUUGUAUCAUAUACAAUGCUGCUUUUAUAAAAAUAACUGUAAAUGUAGAAGUACCUAGAAGGUGUUUUGAAGAAUGUUUUAUUGUUGAAGUAUAUGACUCGAGUAGCAUCAUUGACCUUUUAAUUACAAUGGUUGUCCCGUGCUCUAUUAUUAUAACACUUUAUUUGAAAAUAUUUGUGGUCGCCAGAUCACAGGCCAGAAAGGUAUUUUCAGUAGAGGCUACCAUCCAGUCUGGUGUUAAAACUGUACAGGUGAAUAAGACUGAGAGAAAAGCAGCAAAAACUCUAUCUAUUGUAGUUUUCACCUAUCUAUCUUGUUGGACUCCAAUUUUUGUUAUCCAGUUUUUUUCUAACCAAUCAUCAAAUUACUUAAGCUUUCUGCCAUUUGUUAAUUCCUUAAUUAAUCCAAUAAUUUAUGCUUUCUUUUAUCCAUGGUUCAAAGUGACAGCUAAACAUAUUUUAACUCUCAAGUUAAGGCGUUCAUAAUUC